AAAGUUGAUCUAUAAAAGUGAGUAUCUUAAGCAGCAGUAACAGAAUCCUUUAAUCAAUAAAAAUGUUAGAAGCAGAAGUAAACAAUGACCGGACGAUACUGGAUUACCUGAAUGAGGACUGCUGGCGCGCCGUGCUGCAGUACGUGCCCGCGCAGGACCUCGUACGGACAGAGCGCGCCAGCCGCGUGUGGCAGGCGAUGGUGCUGACGCACUUGCAAGGAGUCCAUAUUAACAUUGAGAAAAAUGAUUGGAACAAGAAAGAAAACCCGUUUAACACCUGCACCUUAACACGAUCAGAAUAUAAGUCCUUUGAAAGUUGGACCAAGAAACUAGGUGCCUCAGUUGCAUCCGUUUACUGCGACAGUUUGGAGAAUCUAGCCAAGAUCAAAGAAAAUUGCCCCAACUUAGGAGCCCUUCAGUUGUACCGUAUUGAAUGCACUGAAUCUGAACUGCACCAGUACAAUCUACAUGACAACUUCAAGUUCCUGCAGCGGGUGUCUUUUUAUUGGUGUUCUGUGGGUGACACAACUUUCAGCAAAUUCAUAGCUGACAAAGCCUUAGAGAAAAUAGAAUUCCGCUACUGCCGUUAUUUGACUGGCCUUUUUUUUAGUACUAUAAACACAACAAAUUUAAAAUCGCUCAUCCUUGAAUCCUGUUGCAACUUGCAGUUCAUACAACAUUCAGUCGCUGAUCACCUCGGGAGUCUGACAGAACUGAAAGUGACUCGAGUUAAUAAGGAAAUAGGUUACGAUGUGCAGUUUGAGUUGGAAAAGAUGGCUAAAUUGGAAUGGUUGGAGCUGCAGUGUUCAAACAUGCUCUUCGGUUUCCCCGAGAAACUGGGCCAGCUGCCCAGGUUAGAGCACCUUGGUUUGUCAUUUUAUCUGGAUGACUGGGACUUGAAAAAGAUGCUGCAGUGCUGCGGGGCGCUGAGAUCCUUGGAGCUGUUGGACUGUGAAUACAGUGACGGGUUCGUCAGGGUGAUCAGUGAGCACGGCGGGGCGCUCACGGCGGUCAGGCUGGACCACUUCGAGGCUAAGGACGACGAUGUGCUGCAGCUCGUGAGUGGGUGCCCCAAGCUCGAGUCGUUGACCAUCGGAGGCGCGACUCGGCUCACGCCGGCGCUCCCGGCGCGCUCGGCCGCGGCGCGCGCGCAGCACGCGGGGCGCCUGCGGUUCCACCUCGGCCGCACCAACCUCGGGGACAUGUGGCGCAAAGACCAGGAGUCUCAACAUUCUGGACAAAACGAAGAGAUGAUGACAUUGAAGACAAAGUAUAAAGAAUUAAUAGUAGUGUAUGACAAAACGAUUAAUGAGUACGGCGAAGAAAGUGAGUUUGAGGAUUCUGACGAUGAGAGUGAGUGGUAUUAUGAGGAAGAAUGCGAGGAGGAUGAAGAUGAGGAUGAAUGA